AUGCCUGGAAGGGCAUCUUCUGCCAUGAUGGCUGCUGCUGCAAAGGCUCUUAGUCUGAAUGUUAUCCCCGGGGUGUUGCCACCAACACAGUUAAAUGCAAUCACUUCUCACCAUCAUUAUGGCUCUGCAAACCUUCGACACUGUGAAAAUAACAAAAGUGCGUUCUCUCCUGGAGCAUCCGAUUCAGAAAAAGAUUCUAAAGCUACAAGUACUUUAUUUGUUGGAAGUUUAGAACCAGAUAUAACGAAAAAAGAGGUACUCUCAGCUUUUGAGAGGUAUGGUUAUGUUGAACAAACUAAUAAUAAGUGUUCUCCGAAACCUGGUGCUCUUUCUUAUGCAUCUGUACGCUUUCAAAAUGUUGAUAUGUCCAGUCGUGCGAAAAUGUCCAUGUCUGGUCGUUUUAUUAGAUCCCUACAUUGCAAAAAAGGUUAUGGUAAGGCGAUCCCAUCGCACUGGCUGUAA